CACACACAGAUACCCACAAAAGGAAGAAAGAAAAAAAAAGAAAAAAAAAACAAAAAGGGAAGAGGGAAGGGGACCGAAGAAGGAAGCAGAGGGGGGAGAAGGGAAGGCGGCGCGGUGGGUGUCACUGCCAUCGUCGCCGCUGCUGUGAGAGAAAGAGAUCCGAGAGAGGGAAAGAAAGAGAAGUCGCGCCGCCAUCGGACCUUGGAGGAAGACCAUGCCUCGCCACCACCCCGCGCUGCUCCGGACCGCCGCCUCGCUAAGCCAUCCUGUUCUCUUGCCGUUGUCGUCGGAGGAGGAUAGAGACGCGCGCAGGGGAGGAGCUGUCACUAACCUCGCGUCCGUUGCCGCCAACCACGAGCCAGAGCGGGAGGGAGAUAUUGCCGCCAGCUUCGUCGGAUCUCUGCCGCCGAACCCGUUCUUGCCGCCGCCGUUAGAAUCACAAACAGGGGAGGGUGAAGAUGCGCGAAAGGGGGCGCGGAGUUUCCAUCGCCGUCGUGUUGCUGGGCUUGCCGUCGUCGCAUCUGGGUGGCUGUUGUGCCGCCGUUCAUCACUGCCCAGUCACCGUCGAAGCUUUGCCUCGCCGUUCUGACCGCCAGAAACCGCCGGUGGAGCCACUGUCUUCUUGGGCUGAGUUGUGGUUCUUGCAUGCUGAGUUCAGUAGCCGUGCAUGCGACAUCAAGCUGUCGCGUCGUCAACGGAGUCGCCGCCGUUCCGUUUUCCCGAAUACUCAUAGGUUCAGUAAGCCUUUCUCUGUUCCGAUUUCUUUUAGUCACUAUUCUGUGAUAUGUUUCUAAGAUCCUUGCAACGUUAAUGCUUUAGGUUUGAGUUCGGUUCUUACCUGCCGAGAUUAAAGUUGCUGUGGUUGAGGUUGUGUUGUUGCGAGCUCUGAGAAAAAGAGUUUAUGUCGUGUGGUUAAGUCGUAAUCGAGGUAGGGGCGUUUUUACUAAAACUCAUUUUUAUUCUUAGGAGUUGUUAUAAAUUGAUAUUUAGGCAAGUAAAUAUUUUCGGUGAUUAUGGAGUCUUAUGAGUUGAACUGAACUGCCUUGAAUGAAUGUGAUUGCUUACUUGUCUGUGGCUAGUUCUGAACAU